AUGUACGGCAGUGACGAGGAGGGAGGGGAGGAUUCUCCGCGAGAGAAAUCCGCGAUAACGGCUUCUCCGCCUCGGGAAAAGCACGCUUUUGGUACGGGCACUGGUGUAACCCUACCCGGCUCUGCUGGAGCUACUGCUGCGGCUUCGCGAAAUCCUCAGGAAAAUGACGAUAAUGAUAGCGACGAUGACAAUAUGGCGUACAGGAUUCUCGCCCCCCCAAGUUCUGCCGCUCCGCCAGUGAGCGACGCUUUACUCGCUGCUGUACAGCGCGAUAUCAUGACAGCUCCCAUCGACCCGUCGAAACGGAAUUUACAGUUUAAUCCGACUUACGAUCAACUGUGGACUCCUGUAGUGGGACCCGCGCAUCCUCAUAACGCGGACGGCCGCGCGUUAGGGUUGCGAAACCACCGGCUGGGAUCCGUCCAAGACGCAGCGGUGGACUCUUUUGUCUUCGAUGAACAGUACCACACGUUCCAGGCGUACGGCUACAGUGUUGACCCUGCAAGUGUAAACGGGACCGAGGUCGUGGGUGAUAAAGAGGCGGUUGACAAUAAGGGGGGCAAAAAAGAGGAGCCGAAGGCGGAGCUGACCGAGGAGCAAAAAAAAUACGCGGAGGAGCACGCUCUGAAAAAAGCCAAGAAGGAGAGGGGAGAUAAGGAGGAGGUGGAGGAGAAGAGUACUUUCCAUGGCAAGCAGGAGAAGGACUAUCAGGGCCGCUCGUGGAUUGCACCGCCUAAAGACGUCCUUAAUCCCGUGCCGCCCACGCACUGCUAUAUUCCGAAGCGGUGGAUUCACACGUGGAGCGGGCAUACUAAGGGUGUCAGUGCCAUCCGGUUCUUCCCCAAGUACGGCCAUCUGCUGCUGUCUGCUUCAAUGGAUACCAAGAUCAAGAUCUGGGACGUGCCCAACACUCAGAAGUGCAUGCGCACAUACAUGGGUCACUCCAAGGCUGUUCGGGACAUUUGUUUCGCUAACGACGGGUUGAAAUUCGUGUCGUGCGGUUACGACCGUAACAUCAAGCUGUGGGACACCGAGACCGGGCAGGUCACGGGGACGUUUUCCACGGGUAAAAUACCCUACGUGGUGAAAUUACACCCGGACGACGACAAGCAGAACAUUCUGCUGGCGGGGAUGAGCGACAAGAAGAUCAUGCAGUGGGACACGCGCGACGACAAGUCCCUCCGCGUGUGGGAGUUCGGCAUCCCCGUGGUGGUCAAGUAUAUCAGUGAGCCGCACAUGCACUCCAUGCCGGCCAUUGCAGUGCAUCCCAACAAGGCGUGGGUGGCAGCUCAAUCCCUGGACAACCAGAUCAUUGUGUAUGGUGCCAAGGACCGAUUCAGGCUCAACAGGAAGAAGAGAUUCGCCGGCCACAUCAUUGCGGGAUACGCCUGCCAGGUCAACUUCUCUCCCGAUGGGCGCUUUAUAAUGUCGGGGGAUGGCGAGGGCAAGCUGUGGUUUUGGGACUGGAAGACAUGCAAGGUGUUCCGCACAGUCAAGUGCCACGACUCGGUGUGCAUUGGGUGUGAGUGGCACCCUCUCGAGACCAGCAAGGUGGCCACCUGUGGCUGGGACGGGCUCAUCAAAUACUGGGAUUAA